AUGAAUUAUGUAAAAUAUAUGUUGGUGUUUGUUGUAUUGUUUGUUGAUAUCGAAGCAGGCGGACAUGGAGAAAAACACCAUAAUCACGUCAGAGUCCACGUGCCCAAAUUCGUUCACCAUGACCAUCACACUAAGACUAUAACAAUUCACCAUCAUCACCACAAACCUAAAAAGGAACAUCAUCACCACCAUCAUCAUCAUCAUAAGCCCAAAGCUCCAGAAGGUCAUCAUUAUCAUCAUCACCAUAAGAAAACAUCUACUCACAGCGUAUCCAAAGGUCACUCUAGUCACGGAAAGCACGGUUAUCAUGGUCACCAUAGCCAUCAUGGCCAUCAUGGUCAUCACGGACAUCACGGGCAUGAACACAAGCACCACGAUAUUCCUUUAACAUACGAUUUACAUUACGAGCCACCUAAUUAUGAACCACCAACCAUAAAUUACCAACCGCCAUCGAUAAGUUAUAAUCCCAAUUCAGCAUCGGAAGAAGAUUUUGACUUUAAAUCAUUAAAUGUAGGAUCACCUAAAGUUCAUGGCGUAGUUCAUACAGUAAAAGAGACCAAAGUUUUUGAUUCUUUGCCUAAUGCGUUUGCUGGUGCUUCAGUUGGCAAUUCAGGGAAUACUGGUUCGCAUGGUUAUGAAGUAACAGAACAAGGAGAAGAGGCUGAGGACGAUAUAUUUACAGCUGUAAAUAGCUUGCCACAAACGUACCCAGGUACUUACGGCUUUGUUCGUAAUGCAGCUCCAGAAAAUAUCCAUGAUCCUUUUGCAGAUAUAGCGCCCCAAAAUAACAACCAAGGUUCUAGUGUCAAUACUUUCCAAGGUGCAACAAACCCGUCAUUUAGUAAUGUUCAAGAUUUUUCAAAUCAUAACGACCCCUUUCAGUCUCCUAUACCAAGCCAAGGUAUCCAACCCUCCGAAUUUUCAAAUGAAUUUGAUAACGCCAACCCAGGGCCAUUUUCUGCCCCAAAACAUCUCGUUGGUUUUUCAAGCGCUGAAGAUUUAAUCGAUGACACUCCGACAUCAUUCAAUAGAGAAGCUGGUAUACAACAAACAAUAAACACAGGGGGCUUAGAAACUUUAACCUAUUAA